AUGGACGAAGAUAAUUUUGCUUUGGUGGAAAAAAUUAUUAAAGACCUACAUAAUGUUCUCGCUAAAAUUCCAGAUUUGUAUGCUUUCGAUGUUGUUCCUGUGGAAGUAAAUUAUCAAAAUAAAUCACCGGUACUGCAUUUGGAAAACUGCUUAGGGCUGGAGUCCUGGUGUGUGAAACACGUUUAUAUGUAUUGUUAUUCUGAGCUAAUGAAUAAGUUCUGUGUAAAGCCUAAAAAAAUUAAUAAUAGGAUAUCAACGGUAGACUUUGAUCGCGUUAUACGACUUCUAAAUGUAACAUUGCUUUUAAAUCCAGAAAUUAGUACAUUGUGGAAUAAAAGGCGAGAUUUGGUUUUACAAUCCUCUUUAAAUAAAAAUAAUGAACUGCAUUUUACAAGAUUGAUUUUAUCAAGAAAACCAAAGAGUAAUGAAGCUUUUGGGUACAGAAGGUGGCUUUUGAAAUCUAUUUUACAAGACGACCAUCAAAACAACUCUAUCGAAACUCUGAUAAAUGAUGAGCUUAUAAUUUGCAACUUGGCCUCUGAUAAAAGCCCCAAUAACUACCAUAGUUGGAAUCAUCGCAUGUGGCUACUUAAUACCUUAAGAAAUAUGACAAUUAACUUUGAUAUUAAUUCUUUGUACAUUAAGGAGUAUCAUUUUUCAGAAAAAUGGACUGCCAAACAUGUUUCGGACUUUAGUUGUUUUCACUAUCAUGAAUUCUGUUUAAAAAAUAUUUAUGAUCUAAGCGAUAAAGAUUGGAAGAUAUUGGAAUCGACAUUGAAUACUAAUUUCCGUGAAGUUUUUGUUAGAUUUCUGGCAUCUAAUUUUCCUAAAGAUUCAACGGUUCAAGCCUCCGAGGAAAACCUUUUGAUGUAUUCAGAAAAAAACAUAAUGAGCCUCCUUCUUGCAUAUUCUAAUAGAAAUUGUAACUGUGAAGUGAAUUAUGUGAAAUUGUGCAGAAAGAUUGAGAUUUUGUUUCAUGCUUUGGUGGCCAAUGAUGAGUUGAUACGUUUUUAUAAGUACCACGAGACUUUAUGGUAUUAUAGAAGAUUUCUCAUACAUGAGAUCAUAAUCAUUAUGUAUGACCAUUUUGGUUUGGUCCGUCAUAAAGGAGCUUUGACAAAGAUAUCAUGUAAAAAUUGCAAUUUUGAUGAAUUGAGACAGAAGCAGGCGAAAAUUGGGAGAUAUGACGUUAAUCGUAUUUACACCUGUAUACUAUUUAAUGUUGUUUUGACCCAUGAAAAGAAAAUCAUCAACGAGAGGCGAAUGGAUGGAGACAAUUAUGCCGACCGGCAUGAAAAUUAUUUGAAAUUUGUUGAAGGCCUUAACAAUGUAAUUUGA